AUGUCAGAACUAUCGCAAGAGAAGAAAGCGUCUUUGUUAGAGGCCGAGCGAGCUCAUGGCGCGAGCACAACGGGCCAAAAGGAAGACAAUGAGCUAGCCGCACUUGGAUACAAGCCUGAGCUUCAUCGUAAUCGCUCACUUUACACCAUAUUGUUUCAGGCGCUUGCUAUUACGGCUGUACCAUUCGGUGAAGGCACUGCCUUGACCAGCGCCAUCUACGGAGGUGGGCAACUAGCAUACUUUGUCGGAUGGAUUGUUGUUGCUCUACUGGAUGAAUGCGUAGCAGUAUCUCUCAGUGAGCUUGCGUCAAAAUUUCCAACAUCUUCUGGGCCCUCUUACUGGUCGUUCCAAUUGCUUCCCGAAGGUCGUUCUCGGGUCAUAUUCUCCUUCAUCACCGGCUGGGUUUGGCUAAUAGGAAAUAUUACCAUCUGUCUCAGCGUCAAUUUUGGCACAGCGUCACUCAUAGCUGGAACCGCCACCAUUUAUCACCCUGAUUGGGUAGCGUCCGACUGGCAGCUGCUUCUCAUCUUUUUUGCCGUCUGCAUAGGGACAUUCCUUGUCUGCGCAUUUGGAAACCGAAUCCUCCCAUACGUAGACACGGUUGCGUCGGUUUGGAACGGUCUGACUAUUCUGAUUGUCUGUGUCGCCUUAUCAGCAACCGCCAAAGUCGGACGGCAUAGCGUGGCCGAUGCUCUUGCCCACUAUGACAAGAGUUUCUCGGGUUGGGGCAAUUUCACCUUUUUUAUCGGAUUACUGCCAACGGCUUACACGUUUGCGGCAAUUGGGAUGAUCACGUCCAUGGCGGAAGAAGUGGCCGACCCUGCGAGAGACGUCCCCAAGGCGCUGAGUUUAGUGGUACCAAUAUCUGCCGUCGCGGGUCUGUUCUUCAUCCUGCCAAUAUGCUUCACGAUGCCACCUCUCGAGGACAUUCUGAAUGCACCGCAAGCACAAGCAAUGCCAUACGUUUUCCACGUUGUCAUGGGCACCGCUGGUGGAGGCCUAGCCCUCAUGUUCUUCUUACUGGGGGUGGCAGUGUUCUGCUGCAUCAGUAUCACGACCGCCGCCUCAAGAACCCUCUGGGCCUUUGCGCGCGACCAGGCCAUUCCAUUUUCAAGCAUAUGGUCCAAGCUGAUUGGUGAUCAAGUGCCCAUCACAGCUUUGGCGCUUCUGACCGUUGUUCAAAUGCUGCUCGGCCUCGUCAAUCUUGGAAGCACAAGCGCCUUCACAGCGUUUGCUUCAUGCGGAGUGAUUGCGCUUGCUGCUGCGUACGCCAUCGUAAUUGCGAUUUCUCUGUUCACUGGGCGAAAGGCUGUGUCAACAGCUAGAUGGCGAUGUCCAAGCCUUGUUGGAUACUUUGUCAAUAUCAUGUCUAUUGCCUGGGUUGCCUUUCAGUUGGUACUCUUCAGCAUGCCCGCAGCCUUGCCAGUGACUGUGGCGUCCAUGAAUUACGCCUCGGUGGUGCUGGUUGGGUUUAUGUUUAUAUCAUUUGUAUACUAUGUCGUUUACGGCCGAAAGGUUUACAAUGGAACUCCAGAAAGCGACGGAUUGUAA